AGCGCGAGAGAGAGAGAGAGGGAGCGAGAGAGAGAGAGGGAGGUUUAGUUUACAGUGUGACAGACUUACACGGGGACUCAUUGGACUAGUCGUUGCCCGGUUCUCUGUCAGUCGGUCCCGGUAGUGUUAAACUGAACGCCGGAGGAUUUCAUCCCCGUUAAACCGGCCCGUGGCUCCGCAACACUCCCGCAGGUUUAAAGAGGAGCCGACAGGACGUGUUGGUGUUGGAGCUGCUCCACAUCUCUCUGUGAUCACGAGAAGAUGGGAUUGAAUUGAGCACCGGCAGGCAGCGCAGCAGGACAGAGCUCUGUGAAUAUUUGCUGUCACCAUCCAGCAAAUCCCUGAAGCUCCCUCCAGAGACCCGGACUGAACCGCCGCCACAAACCUCACCUAACUUCAACCUACUCGGGAGGAGAUGGAGAACUGACCGGAGACCAGCAGGCAACAGAAGGCAGCUCUUCCUUCCCCCCGUCCACCAGCAGCCAUGGCGGGGCUCAAACGUCAUCGUGAUGGGAAGAUCGCCGGGCUGUAUGACCUGGACAAGACGCUGGGCCGCGGACACUUUGCUGUGGUCAAACUGGCCCGACACGUAUUCACUGGAGAAAAGGUCGCAGUGAAGGUGAUAGAUAAGACUAAGCUGGACCCGGUGGCGCGUGGGCACCUAUUCCAGGAGGUGCGAUGCAUGAAGAUGGUGCAGCACCCCAACGUGGUGCGCCUCUACGAGGUCAUCGACACGGCCACCAAGCUCUACCUCAUCCUGGAACUGGGGGACGGAGGAGACAUGUACGACUGCAUCAUGAAGCACGACGGAGGCCUCACUGAAGAGGUGGCCAAGUGUUACUUCGCCCAAAUUGUCCACGCCAUCUCCUACUGCCACCGGCUGCACGUGGUGCACAGGGACCUGAAGCCGGAGAACGUGGUGUUCUUCGAGAAGCAGGGCGUCGUCAAGCUCACCGACUUCGGCUUCAGCAACCGGUUUCAGCCCGGGAAAACACUCAACACCUCCUGCGGCUCGCUGGCCUACUCUGCUCCCGAAAUCCUGCUGGGGGACGAGUACGACGCUCCCGCUGUGGAUAUCUGGAGUCUGGGGGUGAUCCUCUUCAUGCUGGUCUGCGGUCAGCCCCCCUUCCAGGAGACCAACGACAGUGAGACGCUCACUAUGAUCAUGGACUGCAAAUACACAGUGCCUCCUCACAUCUCCCAUGCAUGCAGAGACCUUAUAGCCCGUAUGCUGCAGAGGGACCCCAAGAAGAGAGCGACCCUAGAGGAGAUCGGGGCCCACGAAUGGCUUCAAGGUGUCGACCCCUCGCCGGCCACCAAGCUGUCCACCCCUCUGGUGUCCCAUCGCAGCCUGUCGGAGGAGGAGCACGGCUCCAUCAUCCAGCGCAUGGUGCUGGGCGGCAUCGCAGACCGAGACACCAUCACUGAGGCUCUGGAGUCGAAUCAGUACAACCACAUCACAGCUACGUACUUCCUGCUGGCCGAGAGGAUGCUGAGGGACAGGCAAGAGAAGGAACUGCACAGCCAGAUACGAUCACCCAGCCCCAGCAAGGCCCAGUUCAGGCAGUCCUGGCCCACCAGAGUGGAUGUUCACCAGGAUGUCAGUGACGGUUUGGGGGGUCCGACUAUCUCCCACCCCGGGGGGCCACAGUCACCUGCCCGCAGUGCUGAGAGCCUCCACAAAGGCCCCCGGCCCAAAACGGCUCUGCUGGACGUCAGUCAGCGGCAGGAGAACCACAACCUGGCUUCCAGUCAGCAGCAGCAGCCUGCACGACAGAACCAGGAGAGGGGGCUCAGGCCUCUGGUGAAGCCCCACUCCAACCCCCUCAGGCUGGGUUCCCUGACCUCGGUGGGGCCUUGCAAAACUCGUAGUCCCAGUCUUUUCAGCGUGGAGGAAGACGAGGAAGAAGAAGGGGAGGAAGACAAAUGUUUACCCCCUUCUGCGCUACCUGCUCAGGUGGUGCUUCGCUGCAAAGCCUCUUCCUCAUCAUCUGCUUCCUCUUCUGGUAAUCGGCUGACGUCCCGUAUGAGCGCUCCAGUUCUUAACCAGAUCCAUGAGGAGGAUAGAGAGGAUGAGGAAGAGGAGGAGAGGAGGGAGAUGCAUGGGUUCGGCCCACCCAAACCCAGCCUCAGCCUCAAUCUGAACUCUAGAAUAUCAUCGCUCCCGACGCUCAUAUCAUCGCCACAAACUGUUGGUUUGACAGCACCGGUCGCCGUUUUCACCCCCAGCUCAGAGACUAGCGACGACGACACGGAAAGUCACCACAAACCAGAUACGGCGACUGUAGGUGGACGAGGGGAUGAGGGAGAAGGGAGGAAGGAGGGUAGAGAGAAAAGGGGAUCAGAGCAGGGCAGUCCCUCCAACUGUGCCAGUCCUGGAUCAGGUUCGGCCCAAGGCAAGGGCACGGCCAAAGCUGCCAGCGGCCUGGUGGAAAGCUUAAAGCUGAUGAGCCUGUGCCUGAGCUCGCAGUUCCACAACCUGACAGGGGGAGGAGGAGGAGGGGGCGGUGGGGGCGGUGGUGGUGGCGGUGGCAGCGGUGGCGUUGUCGUGGGGGACACCCAGGACCGCCCCAUGUGGAGGAUGUGCAUGGGCGGCUCCACCGGUAGCCUGGAUAAGGUCUCGCUCCUGGGUGGCCCGUCACCCAGGGGGAACCUGUACCACCACCAACCCCCGCUGGGAGACGUGCUGGCAGACCCGCUGCUGGAGGGCCCCUGCACGGGCACGCUGAGGCUGGGAGAGCUGGAUCUAGCCCGGGAGAACCACCGGAACAUGAAGAACCGCGUGCUGCAGAUGCCUCUGAGCGACAAGACUCUGUCCGUCAACAUCCACCGGAGCCCCAAGGAGGGUCUGCUCUGUACUCCCACCCCACACAGCUGCUGCCAGGUCAUCUAGAGCGCCGCUGCAUCAGCUGCCGCACCUCCACGCUCAUCUAUACAUCCCCUUAUCAUCACCACUGGCUCACGACUUCACGUUAUUUUUGCAUUUUAUGCCAUUUCCUAUUAUUUAACACUUACGACGGAUAACUGGGAGAACGUCCAAAUGCCUACUUUGCACAUUUUAGAGACGCAAAAAGUCUCCAUGGAGGACACUGGGUGCCAUGCCAAGCAUGUGAAGCACUUUCAGCAGAUUAAACAGGACACUAAAGGGACAUUUUAACCCACUGGUGGGUUUAGAAAAGAGACAUUAAGUACGGAUACAGAAGGUGCUCACAUCCCUGCUCUUACACACUUAAAUAUAUAUAUACAGUAUACUGUAUGCACACAUUUUGUGCACACCCACACCUACAUCACUCUCUGAUAAGCUGACAAAAAGGGAAAAGCUGAUGUUUUAUUAUCAUGUUACAUAUCGUCUUCUGUUGUACUCGAUGCUGUUUUUUUAAAUGCCAUUAUUUUUAUCUGUUUUGAGAUUUUAUCCGCUUUUUUUAUUCUGACUGAAAGUUACGCCUGUGUUUUCAUUCAGAGGAUGAAAAUGGACAGGAGCACUUGAGUACGAUGUUGGCACACACAGUAUUUUGUAGUCGAUCACUGUUUUAUUUUUCUAUCUUGCUCCGCAGACUCGGAAAGGAAAAGGCACACUCACUUGUCAAGUCUCUGCGCGGUUACGCGGCGGAGUUUGUACAUAUGUGAAUAACCUCCUAGCAGUACUCUGUACCCGUUGUAUUGACGGUAAAGUUGUAAACCUAAAUACUAGAUAUACCAUUAUGCUUCACUCCUACUGGAUAAUCAAGGUUUUGGUUGAACCCAGAGUUAGAAAUGGCUGGAAAAGAAAAUGAAACUAAAUUAUUAUACUGGCAGCUCUUUAAAUUCAAAGCGAAGGACCUCUGGGUGGAGCCGAAACCGUGUUCAUCCCGUAGCUUUCCAGGAUCCACUGUAGCCACUGUUGUAGCGUAUUCCAAGACAAAAACAACAAAAGGGGUUUCAAUACAUAACAACGCCGCCUCGUCAAGUAUCGGUCUGUGUAACUGGAUGUGUGACCCACCCCUAGUGGAAUAUAUAACUUGACAGUGCAUGUGUUUUGCUGUAGCAACCUUACUCUUACCCACUGAGGUCAAUCCACCUGCUGUAUCUACCUACGUAACAGAUUCAAACGGUCACUUUACUGUAGCCUCACAGCAAUACCAGCGACUGCAAAAUGUACAACAAAAAUGGAUGUGCCAUAAAAUCUGUCUUGAGCAUAUUGUACUGUACGUACUGUAUAUGAUAGAGAUCUAUUAAAAUGAAAUGACGUGAA